GAGAAUUCACCUGCCAUCGUUUAUAUACAAAUAUUCACUUCAGAAAUUACAUUACCGACAUACCAAUAACAAAUUUGUCAGGCUGAAGUCCUGACAAGUAGGGUGCUGUACUCCGAGAUUACACUAAUAACAUGGUGGGAGUUUGAGAAGCAAGUUAAAAGGGCUUGUUCGAAUCUUCUUAAUUAAUAACUUCUGGAUUGCAACAACUCUUCUUUGGAUAUAAAAGAACUUUUUUUAUAGUGCCUCUUUUUAGACCAUCUUUUUCUUCAGCAUUUCUCCCACUCAAAAAAUCAUAUCUCAAAACUCUAAGAUCUCGAUCAUUACAAUAAAGAUUCUUAUCAAAAGAUGUCUGAAGAAACAAGCGCCCUUUCAGCUUUAGUCGGGCUUGAGGAGUACAACAGACGACAAAAGCAAAUUGGUGACAGCGGACUUGAACCUGAUGUUCGCGCAGUGAUGCACAAGCUGUGCCUUUCAGAAUGGCGGUUGAAGUUCUCGGACGAUUCAUUAGAGGCUUCAAAUAAUUUGUUGGUGGCCUUGCGGAGGAAGGAUAAGAUCAUUGACCAAGAGCUCUCAAGACUAAGGAGUGAAGGUUUGAUAAUACGUACCGAGCUACAGGAGGCGAAAGCGGAGAUCAAAAGGUUGAAGCGUGGAGAGUGUAGUCACUUGAAUGAGAGUUCGAUACUUCGUUCAGCAAAAGAGGAAGAAGAACUCAAGACGAGCGGAUUAAAAGAAACCGUUAAGAAGCUUCGAGCAGAGGCAAUAGAACGAGAACGGACCUUCCGACAAGAAAAACUAGAUACGGAGACCAAGCACAGGAAAGAACUUGGGAAAAUGACUGUCAACUUGGAGGCUGCUACCACCAAGACAGAACAAGCUUCAGCAGAGGUUAAAAAGAUCAAGGAAAACACUUCAAAGGUAGUGGGAAAGUGUGACGCUAAACUGACCAAGAAGACUGCGGAGUUGGUAGAAAAGGAACGAGAGUUGUCAAUAGCCACAGAAGCUCUCGCCACGAGAUCCUUCGAAUUCGAGAAUACUUCACAGGCUCUCUCAGAAAUACACGAGAGCCAUAGCAAUUGUUCUAAGACGAUCAAAUCCCUAGAAAACGAUUUGCGAGACUCCAAAGCUAUCAACAACGCCAGCCGAACAAGCGCUCAUGCGGAAGCGGAUAGAAUAAAAAAGGGAAUCGCAAAAGCCACCCUGGGUAUCGAUUCACGUCUCAACGAACUAGAACAUAGCAAUCAGGGAUGGGCGACGAAAUGUCGCAUGUUGGAAGACAGAUACUCCGAGCAAGCGAUUGCAUCUGCGAAGAGAGAAGAGCAAUUCAUUCGAAGUGUGGUGGAGGAACGCCGUUCUAAUGAUCGCGCUUCGGGAUUACAGCGAGAUCUCGAGAAAGAGGAGAACAGAUGUUUGGAAUUGGAGUUGGCUUUGGGGAAUCUUCGUCGCAAGUUUGGUGUUGAUAUGGAAUGAGGGGCAGUGAGUGAUAAGGAUUACCUAUGGAAGAUCUGGUGGGGGAAGCGUGGGCUGCGGGGUAUCACGUGUUGAAUUGAUCUGAAUUGCGAAUCAUGACAGAGAUAUGUUGCGAAUUCAAGAAGAUAAUAUCAUGUAGCGUCACCUACCUACUCCUCUGAACAAAAUGAAGCA